AUGUCGGCACUCAAUCCUGCAGAGAGCACAGCCACGUCGGAGACGCAUGUACAAACUAUUUGGAAUCAACAAAACGAAAGCGAUGCCGGACAGUUCGUCGAUGCUGCUAAGUUGGCAGAUAUUCGUGGUAUCAGGUUGUCCGUUGUAGGAGACCCCCCGAUGGCUAUGGGGCAGAUGGGAUUAUUGAGUCGAGGGAAAGGAAAACCAAAAGAUGACACGUAUGACUAUACCGAAAUUCAUUCGAGAUCGAGGGCGUCGCAAGGCGGCACCUCCGAGUCUCACGAUGCAAGUGCAUAUAGCAGCUACAGAAAUUCUUCGCAACACGCGCCGCAACCUGUCUCCGAUGCCACAUUGCAUUACGCAGCGUCCACCGUGCCAACGGUUAACCCGAGUCACCCUGUCAUGUCUCUAAAUAUGCUCAAUACAUAUGGCGUUGAGGAUUCAAUCAGCCAUGAAGAUUAUGCCAGAUUUAUGGAAACAGUCUCAGCGAUCACUCGCUAUAAGCCAACUGCAUAUGCAAGAUCGGCGUCUACACGAAAACGAUUACCCACCACAAGUUCUUCAAAUCAUACUGCUUCUGUCGAUCUUGCCAGAAAACGACAGAACAGCGCCCCUCAGGCAGAUCCGCCUUCACCCUCGCUGACAAUCCCUCACACCGAGUACGCGUACCCGCCAUUUCAUUCUCCGCUGCUUAUCCUCCGGGAUGAACCCACCCAAGGCUCGUUCUUCAUCCCGUACGAGUUUGACGCCUCAUCACAUGUCGUGCAUCCGCCGCUCGACAUCCUCCCUCCUUGCGAAGAUUCUACACCAAGUCGAGCCUCACGUUCUGAGGAGUACGUUGUACAGCCUGAGAUGCCUCCAAGUGUCUCACCUGAGGACAGCCAGGCAACGAUAAUUCGAGGAAACUGCAUUGUUUCUCUAUCUCCAGACGUGUCGAAUGAGCCGGGACCUUCCACCAUGCACACCGGCGCUUCAACUGUUGCGGCUCCUGGAGACAUCUCAACAGCAGGAGACACUGAGAGACGCACGCUCUCGCACGAGGACUUCCGCGUCCUGCUCGAGCGAUGUGGUUCCUCAGACGAGGAUGCACUCGCGCAGCUGAAGAACAUCGCUAAGGGUGUCAGAGGGCUCGAUAAGGUCGUCUCGUACACGACGCGCCUGCUGAAAGAUGCGCGGGACUCAUACCACAAGGAUGCAGACGAGCGUGGCGAAUCGCUCGUCGAAGUAGAGGUCUUCGCAGGGUGGCUACCUGCAUAUAAUGCAAUGGCCGACUUGGUCAAGGGUCUCUUCAAUGCCAGGCAUCAGGAAACCCGAAGGAGCAUGCGCAUGGGGAGAAUCGCCUUCGCUCUAGCCUACAGUGUUGUCGAUGACUACAUUUCGAACGUAACGGGGUGCGAUCUUCAGCGUAUUCGUCUCCUUCAGCCCAUGCCUCCGCCAGCGAUCUUCCCAGAACGCACGCACGCCUUGCAGCAGCACGCCGCAUCGCUGCUAAACCUGCUGGACGAAGUGCUGGUGGAGGCGCUCCAGCGGUACGGCCGCGAGUGCGGCCGUGCAACGAAUGCGAAGAGAGUAGGGGAAUACGCGGAGGCCCUGAGGCGCGGGGUAGAUUUGCUAGAGGAGAAGACUGGGUUCGGCGGAAGAAGACAGGGCUUCGAGUCAACGUUGUUUGCGCGCAGUCGACGCGCUAUGACAGAUUGGGCAACUAAUUGGGCCAAAAAGACGGAUGAACAGAAUGGACCAAUCUGA